GGAUGAACAAAACCUCUCUUUCCAAAAACCCAAACCCUUGGCGGCUGUGAGACCCGUUGUUUCACCUCUCCACCUCUCCUUCUCCCUAUCUCUCUCCUAGGGUUUCUCUCUCUUUUCCUGCUAAAACCCCUGUAAUCCAAUUCCGGGAUUUUAGGGUUUAACACAUCCGAAGCCAAAAAUCAGCGAGAGAUCUGUCUACCUAUUCUGUUAUGGCCACCGUCGCUUCUCCUGCGGAUCAAGCUGCGGAUUUGCUGCAGAAGUUGUCUUUAGAUUCUCAAACAAAGACAUUGGAAAUUCCUGAGCCUACCAAGAAGCCAUCUGCUAACCAGUUUGGGUCUGUUGAUUCUGCUAAUGCUGCUAAUGGUCAGAUCCCAUCAUCCGAACGGUCUGUAACCCCUUUGCUACCUGAUUUCAUGGAUCCGUCAGUGUGCUAUGUUCCUAAUGGUUAUCCAUCUACUGCCUAUUACUAUGGAGGCUAUGAAGGCACUGGUAAUGAGUGGGAUGACUACUCUAGAUAUGUAAAUCCAGAUGCAGUGGAGAUGACCUCUGGAGUUUAUGGGGAUAAUGGUUCUCUUAUGUAUCAUCAUGGUUAUGGGUAUGCACACUAUGGUCCAUACUCACCAGCAGCUUCGCCAGUUCCCACUCUGGGAAAUGAUGGUCAACUGUAUGGGCCUCAGCACUACCAGUAUCCUCAUUAUUUCCAGCCACUGACUCCGACCAGUGGGCCAUACACUCCUAGUCCUGCUGCUGCUCCUCAAAGUGAGGUCUCGACCUCUAUUGCUACUGAUCAGAAGCCUCUUCCUGUAGAAACAGCUAAUGGGAAUUCUAAUGGAAUUGUAAAUGGUGGGGGAGUCAAAGGAAAUAAUGGUUCAGCUCCUUUAAAGCCAGCAUUUCAGAACUCAUCUUUUAAUUCUAAUGGUUCAUAUGGAAGGGGUGCUUUGCCAGGUCGUGUUCCAACCACUGGAUAUCAGGACCCAAGAUUUGUUUUUGAUGGUUUACGUUCUCCUAUCCCAUGGUUAGAUGGCCCGCUUUUUUCAGAUGGGCAGCCAAGGCCUGUGACCAGUACAGCAAUUACGUCUUCAAUUUCAAAUGGCAAUAACAUUCCAUCUUCAAGGAAUCAGAAUUACCGUCCAAAUUCUCAAUACAUGGGCUUGCAUCACCCAAGACCAGUAUCUGGCAUGAGUGCAGCUGGGUUCAUAAAUAGAAUGUACCCAAAUAAGCUAUACGGUCAAUAUGGAAACACAGUCAGAUCUGGCAUGGGCUUUGGAUACCAUGGUUACGACUCAAGAACAAGUGGACGUGCGUGGCUUGCUGUUGACAGCAAGUACAAACCAAGGGGACGAAAUGGUGGAUACUAUGGGUAUGGUAAUGAGAACAUGGAUGGUUUGAAUGAACUGAAUAGAGGGCCACGAGCCAAGGGAUCGAAGAACCAGAAGAGUUUUGCACCUACUGCUUUAGCAGUUAAGGGUCAGAAUCUGCCAACAAGUGUUACUAAUGAUGAGGAGAAAGAUAAGGCAAUUGGUGUUCCGGAUCGAGAUCAAUAUAAUAAAGCUGAUUUCCCAGAGGAGUACUCUGAUGCUAAAUUUUUUAUAAUUAAGUCAUACAGUGAGGAUGAUGUUCAUAAGAGCAUCAAGUACAAUGUCUGGGCAAGCACGCCUAAUGGGAACAAGAAGCUUCAUGCAGCAUACCAGGAGGCUCAGGAGAAGUCCAAUGGCUGUCCCAUAUUUCUUUUCUUCUCAGUCAAUACUAGUGGGCAAUUUGUUGGCCUCGCUGAGAUGAUGGGACCGGUUGAUUUUAACAAGAAUGUGGAGUACUGGCAGCAAGACAAGUGGAAUGGUUGCUUCCCUGUUAAGUGGCAUAUUGUUAAAGAUGUUCCCAACAGUUUAUUGAAGCACAUCACUCUUGAGAACAAUGAGAACAAACCCGUGACAAACAGUAGGGACACUCAGGAGGUCAAGUUGGAGCCAGGUCUUAAAAUGAUUAAAAUAUUUAAGGAUCACUCCAGCAAAACAUGUAUUUUGGAUGAUUUUGGAUUUUAUGAGACUCGCCAGAAGACAAUUCAGGAGAAGAAGGCUAAGCAACAGCAGCAAUUUCACAAACAGGAAAAGCAGGUUUGGGAAGGAAAGCCCAUGGAGGAGAAGAAGGAAGUGGCUAAUGUAGAGCUGAACCAAAAGUCGUUGGAUGUUGCUUCAGAAUUGGGCUCUGCGCCAGUUGUUCAUGCUAGCGACAGCUUGAAGCUUUCAGAAAAUGGAUCUGUUAUCACGACUGUUGAUGCCCCGAAGGGUGCUAAGUCAGUUGUGCCAGAGAAGAGGGUUGUGGGAAAUGGGGUUGUAAAUGGUUGCUAGCCUCUGUCUGCUUUGCACAAUGGUGGUCCAUCCUCCGCUAAUUUGGUCUGCCCUUAGAAGUGUCAAGGUUUUGCUGGUUAGGAAUACACUACAUGGCAAAGCUAGGGGCAAGGUCUCUCAAAACGUUUGGACUGCCGUGAUGGGUAUAUGUUGCUUUGCUUGAAGAGUCAAUAAUUCGUUGAGGGGAUAGAAAGUAAAUGUUAUAGAAAUCUGUAUGCAUUUGAAAGCAGGGUAAUGUUCCUCAGAAUCCAAGUUUCACCCCAUUUUUCGUUGGGUCUCUGUUUUUACAGCGUAGCUCCUAACAGGUUUUGGUUGUCUAGAUUUUGGGUUUAGGGUUUCUGGUCUAGUGGCUUUUAUAUCCUUAUUAUGAUUUUAUUUCUUUUUUUUGUUUUUUUGUUUUUUUUUACUUUUUUUUUUAUUAUCUUUUUUCAUUUUUAUAUUCCCCCUAUACUUGUUUGGCUAUUUCCUGUCUUGUAAAUCUAGAUCUACUUCAUUGAGCGGGCAGCUUUGCUUUUGUACUUGUUAAAGAGAGAGCUGGAAGCAAGGUGGGAAAAUAUUACAAUAUAGUCGAGAGUUUUUAAGAAUUUCACCUUUCCUUUCC